ACUUCAUCCGACCAGAUUCUAAAUUCCUUCAUCAGUUUUCAAAUUUCUGGACGUUUGGGAGAUGGCUGUUGCUGCUUAUGCAUCUUUGGUUUCUCUAACUCAUGUCCUUGACGACGUUCGUUACCGUGCUGAGCUUCGCCGCCUUCAUGUGGACAUUAAAAUAAUUGAAACUUACCAGGGAAGUAUCGAUUUCUUGCUGGAAUUUGUUGAUGUUCAUUCAAGAAAAGAAAGUCAAAGAAUCGAUGGUUUGUGGAGGCAAAUAUCUAAAGUUGCAUUCGAAGCCGAAGAAAUAUUUGAUUUACAUGUUGUGAAUCAAAUUCAGCUCCGAUCCGAGGGAGUAAAAGCUGAUCUGGGAUUUUCAGCUUUGAACAAAGACAUCGAAAGAGUGAUCCAAAAGAUUAACUCCAUUAAAGAAGAGCUGUUGGUGGAGGAAGCCUUAUUGCAGGUUGUCGAAUCUGGGAAAAAACCAAAAGCUUUUUACCAUGGUGGUACUUCAUUAGCUACUCCAUCUGUCGGGAAGAAUAAAAUUGUGGGAUUAGAUGAACAUGUCGAAGCGAUAGUGGAUUUGCUGACACGAGAUGAACCUGCGCUCCAAAUCAUCCCUAUUGUAGGGAUGGGCGGUAUUGGUAAAACUACUCUGGCUAAAGCUGUUUUCGAUAAUCAAUAUAUUGUCAAUCACUUUGACAGGCGUAUUUGGCUUACAAUAUCACAAGAUUAUAUCGUGGAGAACAUUCUAGAAGGUCUUUUAAAUGAUGGGAAAGUAAGAACACCUGAUGGAGCUGGAGAUGGUUUAAGGGAGGCUUUGUACAAAGAAUUAUUCGACAGACGUUAUUUGAUUGUUUUGGAUGAUGUGUGGAGCGAGCAGACUUGGAAUGAUUUUAGAAUGUGCUUUCCAAGGAACAAUAAUAGAAGCCGGGUUGUGAUCACUACUCGGCUUGAAAAUGUGGCUGGCUGUUUGAGCCCUCACAGCUCUUACUCGAUGACUUUUUUAGAUGAGAAUAAAAGUUGGAGUUUAUUUUGUCAGAUAAUAUUUGCCAAAGAAGAUUUCCCAAACCCCGAAUUAGAAGAAUUUGCAAGAAAGAUUGUCAAAAGUUGUAAGGGACUUCCUUUAGAAAUUAUUGUUAUUGGAGGACUACUUGCAAAGUCCGACAUGUCUAGAGAAUAUUGGAAGUCUGUCGCGGACAAUGUCAGCUCCUACGCCAAUUUUGAAGAUGACGAACAUUGCUUGAAGAUAUUGUCUUUAAGCUAUAACAACUUGCCAAUCCACCUCAAGCCAUGUUUCCUCUUUAUGAGCUCUUAUCCCGAAGAUUGUAAAAUUGAUGUCAACGAACUAAUUUGGAAGUGGAUCGCAAGCGGAUUCAUAAGAGUUGUGAAAGAGAAAAGUUUGGAAGACAUUGCGAUGGACAACAUAAAAAAUCUCAGUUCUAGAAACCUUAUUUUCGUCUACUCACUCCGGAAUAGCGGCGAGAUAGAAAGGUGCAGUAUUCAUGAUUUGGUACGAGAUAUGUGCCGAAAAGAAUUCGACAAGGAGCAGUUUAUUACAUCCCCAAAAAUGCAAGAAGUGAAAUAUUCAAGAGGUUUUAGACGACAAGGUGAGGCAGCAUGCUUUAUUUGUGGUUGUUACACAAUGUACAAUCAAGAUUCGACAUAUUUUUCAGAAUCUGUUCUUUGUAGCAGUUGUCGAGCGAUGUAUUCACAUGUUAGAAGAGCAAGAUUGGUGGGGAUAAUGAGUGAUAGCUAUGAUCGAUUUGAAUUUGUUCAUCCUGCUCGACUGCGACAUACUUUUGUUUCAACUCAAGUCCGGUAUGCUCUUGUUUCGAAUUCUGAGCAGGAUAUCGAUGUUAUAGCCAAUGCACGGUGGAAACCUGUAUUGUCGGAAUUACACUUACUUUGGAAUCUUCAGAUCUUAAAACUACACUUAUAUUCCUUACAAAGUCGAGUUAUUUUCCCGGAUGAAAUCUGGGAGAUGACGCAACUCAGGCAUAUUGAGGUCUACGGCAAUGGAGCUAUUUUGCCGGAUCCUCAUGUUUGCGACGAAGGCUUCAUAAUUCUCAAAACGCUCCAAUGCCUUUACGAAAUAUGGAAUUUUAAGUGCACAAAGAACGUCUUGGAAAGAAUUCCGGAUUUAAAGACACUGAAAAUCAGUUAUGAUUCUGACUACGAACCAAGUGUGGGAUCCUCAGACGACCAUUCUCUUUGUAAUCUUAUCCGACACCAUAAUCUCAGCUCAUUGAAAAUAUAUGGCCUUCCGGAAAACAUUGCCUUUCCGAGCUCUCUAAAAGAGCUGUAUCUUUACGGAAGCAUUUGCAAAAUUCCUUGGAGUGGUAUGUCGAUCAUUGGCUUAUUACCAAAACUCGAGAAACUUGACUUGGUUAAUGCCACGGAAGGGUCGGAAUGGAAUCCGGGCGAGGGUGAAUUUCUUCGAUUGAAAAUCCUGUACAUUGUGUGCAAUAAUUUAGUGCAAUGGGAAGCUGAUAUGGGCAACUUCCCCGUUCUUGAGCGGCUUAAACUUUUUCAUGUUUCUUCAUUGAAAGAAAUCCCUUCGGGCAUUGGAGAUAUUCCGACAUUACGUAGAAUUGAAUUGAUAGGAUGCAAUAUAGCUGCGAUGAAUUCGGCAUACGAAAUAUGGAAGGAACAACAGGACGUGGAAAAUGAGAUUCUUGAGAUUUUAGUCUGUCAUGCAUCGGAGUGGAUCUCAAUCAAUGAUUUCAUAACGAGAAGAAGAUGAAUGUAAGGAUUUACAGGUAAGUUGUAAUAUAGAGGAACCAUUCUCAAUUUUUAAAUGAUGAUAUUCUUUUUGUUUUUCUUCAGAGAGAUUGAAUUUCAUGUUCUAAAUCAUAAAAUA